UCGAACCGAUUGAUUGGUUGGUGAAAUACAGUAAAUUAACUAUCAAAUGAUGAUAACAGGUUUGAGGACGAGCAGGCAGUGGAUUUCCGUGAGUAACAGGAUGAGAUGUCGUGCUUUAUAGAUUUUUUAGACCUGAUUGUCAACACGUAAAUAAUUACUCGAGACUGUAUCAACAAUCUACCUAUUGUCAUUAAAACAAUCUGAUCGGAACCAGAAACAGAUAUCAAAUACCAAUGCCAGUAGAAAAUUAUCGUAUAUUAGAAACAAAAAGUUCAAGCUCUUUUUGAAGUCCGAAACUAAGAAGUUUUGUCCUUCAAAGAAUAAUCAAAAGUGAAUUAAAAAAUGAGAAGAAUAACAAGCAUUGGAAUCUUAAACAACUCGAUCUGAAGGAGCUUUUGAAGAUGUUGCCGAGAAAAACAAAAGCAGCAUAUGUGAGUCUUUCCAAAAUAAAGAUCAACAAUCAAUAGCACACAUUAAUGUAUGACUCUGAAUUCUUGAAAAAUGGUAACCAAACAACAGGAAAAUAAGUGAAACCACUCUUCCCAAGAAAAACAGAUAUUUAAAUGAGACAACCCUUCCCACGAAAAACAAAUUUCUGGUGAUCUGUAGGUUUAGGCUGCAUCAUCAUGUGAUGUAGUUAUGGAGUGUUUUGCGAAAUGACAUGUCGAGAAAAUAAAACAUGUGAAAUUAUACUACCAGUAACGAUCGGACCAGCAGAAAAUGUGACACAAUCUUUAAAUAUCUCGCGUACGCUAACUACCACUGAAAUCAGCCUGAUUUUAACCCUGGGAACGGUGACAACAUUGUGCAACUUAAUCGUGUUAUUAGCUUCAAAAUUUGCGAGCGGUGGGCAAAGUCCAACUCUGGUAUUCAUACGUAGUUUAUGCGUUGGCGAUGUUUUGUUGGGACUCUACGGCAUUUCGAAAAUGUUAAUGUUCCUGAAUCUGGAUAUCUUGUUGAUUAACUUUUUCCUGCCAGAGAGUUUUUUCUUUACGGCAUCGAUAGCGUCUCUGUUGUCAUUGCUGGCGCUAAAUAUUGAUUGUAGUUUAAAAUUGUCAAAACCGUUACAAUAUUUACAACACAUGGACAAAAAGAAUAUCAUUACGGUCAUGGUGUUACUAUGGAAUGUCUCCUUCAUAAUAGGUUUCCUACCACAGAUAGGCUGGAAUGACCAAGACUACAUCCUGUCGUUCUUUUUUUAUUAUCCCUGGCACUAUUUGUUUUUUCACGGCGUGCUGAUAUUUAUUAUCAUCUUGUUAAACUUUGUUGUCAUACUAUUUCUCCGUUAUAAAACGACACAAAUCGUGACGAAUAAUACAUUCAUGGGAGGUCAUUCUCAAGAGUUUCAAAAGUAUCGCCGUUUGGUUGUGACCACCAUCAUUGAUCUUGGUUUGUGGUUUGUGUGUUGUGUUCCUUUUUAUACAUAUUUGGGAUUAUUUUGUCGUGCUUGUCCUUUGGCUGAUCUGCCGGGAUCCGAUAUAAACAUUGUGUAUUUUAUACCAGUAUUUCUCAUCAAGUCCUUUGUCAGUGCCAUUGUCCACGGCUACAGAACUGCUCAAAUAAAGUCUGUUAUACAAACAUUAUCGCGUGGAGUGUCGCGUAUGGUGAACAACUCGCGUAAAAAUCGCAGACAGAAUGGAAUAUCGGCCAUUUCCAGCAACAGUGCAAGAAGUUCUAAUCUAUCGGACGAAGAUGUGAGGUACAAUGAACCAAUCACAAGGAUCGGUAGUCUUUAUAGCAACAAUACUUUUAUUGGUGAUUCACAAACUACAAUUAUGACAGUAUUUUCAGACGGUUUGGUCGCAACUAAAGAUGAAAUUACUGUAUUAUGAAAUUUUGUAUGUUCUCUCAUUUUCAUGGAUACAAAAAACAUAUCCAAUAUGGACACUGAGCUAAAUGUCAUAAAAUAUUAAGAGUAUGACCUUCAAAGUGUUUGUUAUGAUUGUUUCACAAAGAGGCUGAUGAACGAUUGCAACCCAUAUUGAUCUUUAUAGCCUCUAAUGUAAGAUAUAAGAUAUCCUUUCUUUUUGUUUUUAUAUCAUAAGUACCAUGUACUUAUUCUAUUAUCUGUGGUAUUUUUUAAAUGGACAUAU